AUGGCGGUUAACAGUGUCUCUGUUAUUGUCAAUGUACCUCAGGCAGUUCGUAGCGUUUCUGGGAAAGCCACCUACACGAUGCGAUCCUGUCUAGAUCAAGGUGCUUUCGCUAAUGUUAUCAUGGCAAUCAGGGACAGCGAUCAGUUUCAGGUCGCUGUGAAAAUCUCGAAAUGUCCCGAAAAGAGGAGAAGUAGAGAGUUGAAAGUCUUGGAGAAGAUUCGAGAUAGUGGCAGUAGCUGUCACGUGACACGCCUGCUGGAUUCAGUAACGUGCGUUGGUCAUCAGGGGCCGCUUCCGUAUGGGAUUGUAUUAGAGAAAGGAGAUACCAAUAUGCAUGACUGGUGGUAUAGCCACAAGAAUAGAGCUGAUCUACCGCCGUUAGUUAUCCCUGAGAUCGGGCGGCAAGUGUAUGCUGCACUAGAGUUUAUACAUGGCAUCAUGCUUGUUCACUGUGACCUGAACAUGCAAAACAUUCUACUUUUCCGUGCCGAAGGUAUCAUCAAGCUGUGCGACUUCGGUGCAUCCAACUUCAACAGCAGCCCACGCACGGACACGUAUCGCCUUAAUGAUCUUCGCCAAACAGCCUGCAAGAUUGUCGGCUAUAUGUGGACCGGUAGAGAUCUGGCUAGUCGACCUGAUGAGGCUGUGAAUAAUUUCAUUGAAAACGCUACUGAUAAGAACGUUCUUCGCGAGGCAAUAACUUACGUCAUGCCGCAGUUAAGCAAAGGCGAGAAAAGAGUAUCGAACAGAUUUCUUGCAGAUCGUCACUGGUGGCGGAAUGAAAUUGAAACCAGGCCAGACCUAAGGAAAAUGAUUCAUCGUUUGGUCUACUUCGACAUGGGUUUUGGAAACCCGAGCAUUCCCCAAGCCUGUAGCAAAGUUCCUGAAGAAUUCAGACAUCUGCUGGAACUGGGCUACCUGCUUGGCCAGUACAGGGAACUUUCCGCGAAGAAUAUCCACCGCCGAUUCGAAGAUUUCCUGCCCAAUCCAGCUAGGCAAGCUGUCAAAGCGUAUCUAUCAACGCAAUAG